UCAUUACUUAGUUUUCAAGCAGGGUACCGGAGGAUAACGCACUGGCCAGUGUCUAUCUGUACAUCCGUUCGUUGAGAAGCGGCUUUCACCUCAAGUGGUAAAAGAGACAUUUCAGGUCUCAAUGCCACCCGGUUUCUAGCGAAGACACGCGGCUCAACUCGAGCUAAAACAAGACAAGAUGACCGGUAUCCACGUGGAGGGACUGGCGGCGAUCGCCCUCUUCUACGUUCUGAUCCUUGCGGUGGGGAUCUGGGCAGCGUGGAAGAACAAACACGCCGGGGAGGCGGAGGGCACAGACCGCAGUGAAACCAUCAUGGUUGGUGGAAGGGACAUUGGUUUAUUUGUUGGUGGUUUUACCAUGACCGCGACCUGGGUUGGUGGCGGAUACAUAAACGGAACGGCGGAGUACGUCUAUCUUCCUGGGUACGGCUUGGCUUGGGCACAAGCGCCUUUUGGAUAUGCGCUAAGUCUAGUCGUAGGAGGUCUGUUCUUCGCCAAGCCCAUGCGCUCCAGAGGUUAUGUCACCAUGCUGGACCCUUUCCAGCAGAAGUAUGGGAAGAGGAUGGGUGGUCUGCUCUUCAUACCUGCUCUAAUGGGAGAGAUCUUCUGGUCGGCGGCCAUUUUAUCUGCUCUGGGAGCCACGCUGAGUGUGAUCAUAGACAUAAACAUCAAGAUGUCUGUGGUGAUCUCUGCCUGUAUUGCGAUCUUCUACACGUUAGUCGGAGGUCUGUAUUCUGUAGCCUACACCGACGUGGUGCAACUCUUCUGUAUCUUCCUGGGACUGUGGGUCUCAGUGCCGUUCGCUCUGAACAACCCAGCGGUGUCUGACAUCAAGAUCAGUGCAGUGAAGGAGAUCUACCAAGCUCCCUGGAAGGGAAACAUCAAGAGAGAAGACACCUGGGUCUGGAUAGACAACUUCUGUCUGCUGAUGUUGGGGGGGAUUCCCUGGCAGGUAUAUUUUCAACGGGUUCUCUCUGCCUCUUCAGCUACGUACGCCCAGGUGCUCUCGUUCAUCGCCGCUGCAGGGUGCCUGGUCAUGGCCGUGCCCUCAGUAAUGAUCGGGGCUAUAGGGGCCUCCACAGACUGGAACCAGACGGCGUAUGGACCUGUACCUCCCAAGGAGAGGGACCAAGCAGACAUGAUAUUACCCAUAGUCCUCCAGUACCUCUGUCCUCCCUUCGUCUCCUUCUUCGGCCUGGGGGCGGUCUCUGCUGCCGUGAUGUCAUCCGCCGACUCCUCCAUCCUAUCAGCUAGCUCCAUGUUCGCUCGGAACAUCUACCAGCUGGCUUUCCGCCAAUCGGCAUCGGACACCGAGAUCGUGUGGGUGAUGCGUGUCACCAUCUUUGUGUUCGGCGGCCUGGCCACGGCGAUGGCGUUGCUAACGGGGACGGUGUACGGGCUGUGGUACCUGAGCUCCGACCUGGUCUACGUUAUCAUCUUCCCUCAGCUCAUCUCCGUUCUCUUCGUCAAGGGAACCAACACGUACGGCUCCGUUGCCGCUUACGUCUUUGGUCUGAUCCUGAGGAUCGGAGGAGGGGAACCCUACCUCUCACUACCCCCCUUUAUCUACUACCCCGGCUGGCAGAUAGAGGACCGGAUCCAUCAUCUGACUGGAGAGGUGGAACACAUCGUGGUGCAGAAGUUCCCGUUUAAGACCGUCUCCAUGUUGGCCUCCUUCCUGGGCAACGUGGCUUUCUCCUACCUGGCCAAGUAUCUUUUCGAGAGCGGCAAGUUGUUGCCCAAGUAUGACUUCAUGGACGCGGUGUUGGCCCGGCACAGCAUAGAGAACAUGGACAAGACCACGUUGGUCAACCGUAACACCAUCGUGCUGUCUGAGAUGGCGGCUGUCAAACCACGGCUCAGCGUUCAACUGGCGGCUACGUUCACCCGCAGAGACACUCUGGCUGAGGAGGACUCGAGUCCAGAAGACAGCCCCAACCACGAGACCCUGGACUAAAACCCCGGAUCUUGAACCUGGAACGUAAAGAGACUAAAGAGAGGACUGAAAUGACGGCGAUUUGUUUGAUAUUUAACCACUUUGAUUUGUGGUGCUUAGAGCGUUGGACUAGUAAACGAAAGGUUGCAAGAUCGGAUCCCCCGAGCUGAUAAGGUACAAAAAAUCUGUCGUUCUGCCCCCUGAACCAGGCAGUGAACCCACUGUCCCCCGGUAGGCCGUCAUUGUAAAUAAGAAUUUGUUCUUAAGCUGAAGCCUCGUUAAAUAAAGGUUAAAAUAAGAGGACAUUAUGAAGAUGGAACAGAAUAAAUGGCACGGAGAUAAGAGGACAUUAUGAAGAUGGAACAGAAUAGAUGGCACGGAGAUAAGAGGACAUUAUGAAGAUGGAACAGAAUAGAUGGCACGGAGAUAAGAGGACAUUAUGAAGAUGGAACAGAAUAGAUGGCACGGAGAUAAGAGGACAUCAUUGGCGCAGUGUCCUUGACAUAAGAGACCAGACUAAUGUUGCUGUUGAAUGUGUGUCACCAGUGGAGAACGGACCUCCAUGUUGGUACGUAAUCAGACCUGAACUCUCUCUCCCUGGUCUCAUUCUGUGAUGAACCCCUACUGGGUUAUUACUAAAGGCCCUACUGGGUUAUUACUAAAGGCCUGUCUAUAGACAGCCCUACUGGGUUAUUACUAAAGGCCCGUCUAUAGACAGCCCUACUGGGUUAUUACUAAAGGCCCUACUGGGUUAUUACUAAAGGCCCGUCUAUAGACAGCCCUACUGGGUUAUUACUAAAGGCCUUACUGGGUUAUUACUAAAGGCCCUACUGGGUUAUUACUAAAGGCCCUACUGGGUUAUUACUAAAGGCCCUACUGGGUUAUUACUAAAGGCCUUACUGGGUUAUUACUAAAGGCCCUACUGGGUUAUUACUAAAGGCCCUACUGGGUUAUUACUAAAGGCCCUACUGGGUUAUUACUAAAGGCCCUACUGGGUUAUUACUAAAGGCCCUACUGGGUUAUUACUAAAGGCCCUACUGGGUUAUUACUAAAGGCCUUACUGGGUUAUUACUAAAGGCCCUACUGGGUUAUUACUAAAGGCCCUACUGGGUUAUUACUAAAGGCCCUACUGGGUUAUUACUAAAGGCCCUACUGGGUUAUUACUAAAGGCCCUACUGGGUUAUUACUAAAGGCCCUACUGGGUUAUUCUGUGGGUUCCAGUCCGAAAUGUAUGCAUUUAUUUGUUGUCAACAGCAUUGUACAGUGUUUUGUGUGGCGUGUAUAUCUGUAUAUAAUAUAAUAGUAAUAAU